AAAAGAUAGACUGCAACACUUAGGUGCUAAAAUUAUCAAUGUUGAUCAGAUCAAAUAUCCUUGGGAUUCCACUUCUGCUAGGAGAAAAGGCUUUAACAAAGCGUGUCGAUAUUCAAAACUAAAUUUGUGGAAUCUUACACAGUACAAAAAGGUAAAACACACGUAAAAGUAUCUGUUGUAUGAUAACGCCAAUAUGCAACAUAGGUUGUAUUUUUAGAUGCUGACACAAUGGUGACUCAGCCAAUUAAUGAACUGUUUGAUUACCCUGAAUUUUCUGCUGCUGUUGAUAUUGGUGGCGUUCUUAACACGGGCGUUUUUGUUGCCGAACCCAACAAAGGGACUUACAAAGAUAUCAUGAAUACGUAUAGUGAUGCACCAAGUUAUAACAAAGGUGAUCAAGGCUUCUUAAAUUACUAUUUUAAUCAGACAGCCCAUUAUUUGCCUGGAAACUACAAUCUGAUGGUCAAAUUCACACAUUUCUCAACGCUGGCAGCAGGCUUUGUUUCUAAAAAUGAUGUCAAAGUCUUGCAUUUUACUAGCGAGACUAAACCUUGGAACUUUCAUUUCUUACACCAGCGAGAAUGGCGAGAGAAUUACGACGGACACUUGUUUGGCUUAUGGACAAAGGCAUUGAGACGCAUGCGUCUAGAAUUAGCAGAGGCUGAUUUAUGGGACCUUCCCGAGUGGCAUAAUCAAAAAAGAACAGCGUUUAUAUGUGACAAGCAACUCAAAAGCAAUUACGGACGCCGCUAUCCAAAAACAAACCAGUUCACUGUGAUUCUUGAUCUAUCGCCAUCUACCAGUGUUUCCUCUUUAAAGCGUCUGUUGCAAACCUAUGCUUCUUUUUCCCGAGUCCAUCAGAUCUUUAUUCAUGGAAACACCUCUAUCCAGAAUGAAGACGGUAAUCGAUUAACUCUUACUAGCUUUCUCCGUAAACUACGUCUUGGCAAGCAUGUAAAAGUAGUUCAACAUGGUCACUUCAAGUCUGUCAACAAUAAAUUUAAUCCUAUCCAAGGUAUCACCACAGACGCCGUCUUUUUAGCCAAUGAAAAUGUAAGUGAUAUCAUUCGUUCUACCAAGACUAACUUUGUAUGUAUAGACCUCGACCUCACUUGAAGAGUUAGAGUUUGGCUUUCAAGUCUGGCAAAAGAAUAUGGAUUCACUUGUUGGAUACCAACCUUAUUCUCAUAAGACUAUUGGAAAAAAGAAUUAUCAGUUCUUUAGUUCUUCAUAUGCUGGUAGCUAUAGUAUGGUGUCAAGCAAUGC